AUGAUUUUUAUCAAAUUUUUUAUAAUAAUUUUAUCAAUGAACAAAUCAAACUUUACAUUAUUAGAUAUUCCAGAAUCUGAUGAAGCAUUCAAUGAAUUUUGCAAUGAUUUAAUUCAAUAUAAUGCAUCAACUGAAGAAUUAAAAGAUUUGGGUCUUUUAUGCAAAGACAACUAUGAAAGAGCAAUUAGAUUAUUGCAUAUGGCUUUGACAAAUGCUUUAAAUGACAAAGAAGAGAAUAAAGAACCUUUAAUACUGUUGUGUGCAAUCUAUGAAGAUAGAAACACAGACACUUCUAACUUACUUAAAAAGCUAAAAAACUCAGAAGAUCCUCGUGUUUCAAUACUGAAAGGAUUUCACUACUAUAAAGCAGAAGCAUAUGAUGAUGCAAAAUUUGAAUUCUCCAAAAUAAACUACACUAAAGGAAUAAAUCUAUGCAACUUAAAGUUAAGAGAAAUUGAAGAAGUUGAGGCUGCUAAUGACACAAUUCUAUGCUCAUUUAUUGAUUCUAAAAAAUGGAAAGAGGUUGAUGUCUCGAAAGUUUGUUCUCAAGAUUAUCUUUAUAGAAUUGGAAAAAGUGAAACUUAUGAAGAUGAAAAAUCAAUUGACGUGAUAUUAGCUAAUUUAAAAUUUACUGAAGAUGAAUUGAAUGUUUUAUUGUCUUUAAAGAAUGACAACUCUGAAAUUUAUACAGCUGAAAUUGAUUAUUCAAUAGGAAAAAUUUAUCAUUUAAGGGGUGAGUAUGAUAAUGCAGCUUAUUAUUAUAAAGAGUCAUUAAAUGCAGAUUCUAAUUAUUUACCAUCCUACUUGAAUCUUUCUAAAAUUAAUGAUACACCUGUUGACAUUACUAAACUUAAUACCAAAGAUCACUAUGCAGCAAUAUUUGAUCAUAAUGCUUUAAUUGCUUUGAAAAAAUUUAACUUUAAUUUUGAUUACAGCAAAUGUUCAUCAGAAAUUAAGUCUAUUUUUAAAGUAGUUGAUGCGUGUGAAAAAGUGUGUAUAAAAGGAAUCGAAUUAUUGGAAGAAUAUUUAAAUAGUGAUGUAUUUGAUAGAACAAGCUUGGAAAAUAAUUUAGGAGUACUUUAUAGUAAAAAAUUUGAUGAAUUUAAUGCGGUUAGAAUGUUUACAGAUGCUUUAAAUUCAAAUAGAGAUCCUAAAAAGGAAAAUUACUUAAAAUAUAAUUUAUAUUUGAUAGAGAAGGAUUGGGACAAAAUGAAAACAUUAGAGUUGGAAGAAGCUAAAUAUCAGAUAGCAUUUAAUAACAAUAAGUGUGGCGGGUUUCCAAUGUUGGAAGCUUAUUCUUUAAUGGAUACUGAAAGAUCAAAAUCUUUAGCUUAUUUUACAAACAGUAAUGAUCUUUUUUCUUCACUUUGUUUAUCACAUCUGAUGAUUCAGGAAGGAAGAUUAGAUGAUUCUAUUGAUAUUUGUAUGAAACAUUCAAAAUCAUACUUUGCUAUUAACAACUUAGCUAUAUCUAAUGCUAAGAAAGGAUUUGUUGAUAAUGCUAUUAGAUUAUUACUUCAAGUUAAGAGAACCUUGUUAAUUAAUAACCAUCCAUUUAUAGGAAGUUUAUAUGUUAAUUUGGGAAAUUGUUACUAUAUGAAUAAUGAAUAUGAUGAAGCAAUCAAUUAUUACUUAAAGACAAAUACAAUGAGUGAUUAUGUAGAUAGAAUGUUAAUAUCAAUUUGUUAUAAAACUAAGUAUAUUGAAUACGUUGAGAGGUGCAUAGAUAGAAUACCUGAUCUAAAAAAGUAUAAAAUAGAAAUUCUUUUAACUUCUAAGAAAUUCCAAGAAGCAAGAGAUUUUGCUAAAUCAGAAAGCCUUUAUGAUGAAAUGAUUGACAGUUUUAAAGCAGUCGAAGAAGAUGAAAUUGAAUUGAAAAAACAAAUUAAAGAAAUGGAAGAAUACAGAAAGAAAAAGAAUAUUUAA